AUGGGAAUUCUUUCAAUGGUCGAGGACAGGCCGACGCCUAAGGAGGUCUACAACUGGAGAAUCUAUCUCCUGGCGGCGGUCGCCUCGUUCACAUCAUGCAUGAUCGGAUACGACAGUGCCUUCAUUGGGACAACGCUGUCGCUGCAGUCCUUCAAGGACGAGUUCGACUGGGCUUCUAUGUCCACAGCCACCCAGAAUCUGGUCAGUGCCAACAUCGUCUCCUGCUACCAAGCCGGGGCCUUCUUCGGAGCAUUUUUUGCGUACCCGAUCGGGCAUUUCUGGGGUAGGAAGUGGGGCCUGCUCGCUUCUGCGCUGGUCUUCAUUCUGGGGGCGGGCUUGAUGCUGGGUGUCAACGGCGACCGGGGUCUGGGCCUUCUCUACGCUGGCCGUGUCCUGGCUGGAAUUGGCGUAGGCGCGGGGUCUAACAUCACGCCCAUCUACAUCUCCGAACUGGCCCCGCCUGCCAUCCGCGGUCGGUUGGUUGGUGUCUAUGAGCUGGGGUGGCAAAUCGGUGGCCUGGUUGGCUUCUGGAUCAACUAUGGUGUCAGUGAGACGCUGGCUCCCAGCCACAAGCAAUGGAUCAUCCCCUUUGCCGUGCAGCUGAUUCCUGCGGGUCUGCUCCUCAUCGGUAUCGUCUUUGUUCGGGAGUCUCCGCGCUGGCUGUUCCUCCGCGGGAGGCGCGAGGAGGCCAUCAAGAACCUCUGCUGGAUCCGCCAGAUCCCCGAGGACCACAUCUACAUGAUGGAAGAGAUUGGUGCCAUCGACCAGUCCAUUGAAGCCCAGCGGAACACGAUCGGACUGGGCUUCUGGAAGCCCUUCAAGGCCGUCUGGACCAACAAGAAGAUCCUGUACCGGCUGUUCCUCGGCAGCAUGCUCUUCUUCUGGCAGAACGGCUCGGGCAUCAACGCCAUCAACUACUACUCCCCUACCGUGUUCAAAUCGAUCGGCCUGAAGGGCACCAACUCGAGUCUGCUGACCACGGGCAUUUUCGGGGUGGUCAAGACCGUAGUGACUUUCGUCUGGCUCCUCUGGCUGAUCGACCGUGUGGGAAGACGCAACCUCCUGCUGAUCGGUGCCAUUGGCGGUUCCGUGUGUAUGUGGAUCAUUGGCGCGUACAUCAAGAUCGCGGAUCCUGUGAACAACAACACCCAGUCGCUGAACGGCGGCGGCAUCGCUGCCAUCUUCUUCUUCUACCUGUGGACGGCGUUCUACACCCCCACCUGGAACGGUACUCCCUGGGUGAUCAACUCGGAAAUGUUUGACCCCAAUGUGCGGUCGCUGGCUCAAGCCUGUGCCGCCGGAUCCAACUGGCUCUGGAACUUCCUCAUCUCGCGGUUCACCCCGCAGAUGUUUGAGAAGAUGGAGUAUGGCGUGUACUUCUUCUUCGCGUCCUUGAUGAUUCUUUCGUUCAUCUUUGUGUUCUUCCUGAUACCCGAGACAAAGGGUGUUCCGUUAGAGAACAUGGAUCCCCUGUUCGAGAUCCAGCCUGUGUGGAAGGCGCACGGCGUCGUUCUGGAGCAGAUGCGCGAGGACGAAGAGCGGUUCCGCCGCGACCUGGAGGAGUCCGGCUUCACCAAGUCCGAGGUGCACCAGGUGGAAGACACGGCGACCAAGGUCUAA